GUUUGUCUGUCAGUCUACUGUCAGUUCAAUAUAAAAUAAAUAGUAAACGUAUUAAAUUCUUUACUUUGUUAAAAAAAUAAUUUGGUCGUUCUUCUAUUACACUAUUAAUGAUAAUAGGUACAAUGUUUUUGUGCGAUAACGAUUAAGAUACUACUUAAAAACUGAAUAAAAUGGCAGAUAAAUUUGACUGCCUACCUAUUUUAGUAGUUAGUGCAAAGGAUCAGAAUUCUGCUAAUAUUAUAAUAUCAGAAAUUAUCGGCGAUGACUCAGAAAAUAGAACCGAUGGAGAUAAUAAUGCUAAGCGUGUAUGGAAGCUGGUUAACAAGUACUAUACUGCCGAUGUGCAGUUCCACACAAUCCUGGACGGACAAGAACUAGACACCCAACUUGCAGAUGCUGUGGAAGCACACCUCAUUUAUCUGACUGCAGACGAGUGUGCAGGCGACGACGCAUCGGAGCUGAUGCGGUCGCGGGCGCGCGGGCUGGGCGCGGCGCAGGUGCGCGUGGCGGCGGCGGACACGGCCGAGCCGGCGCCGGGGCUCGCGCGCGCCGCCGCCGCCGCGCGC